AUGACUCUGGAAAUUGAAUCCAGUGACACCAUCGAUCAAAUUAAAGCAAAAAUCCAUGAUAUAGUAGACCUUCCUCCUCAGAGUCAACGUCUUAUUUUUGCUGGUAAACAAUUGGAUGGUGGUCGUACCUUAUUCGAUUACAAAAUAAGAAAUCAUUCCACAUUGCAUCUUGUAGAAAGAUUACGUGGUGGGAUGUUCCAAGAAACCAGUGGCCGCAUGGGAUUCGAAGCAUUGCCACCACUCACCAAAAACAUGCAAAUUUCCGAAAAAACUCUACAGGACGUUCCUGUUACCAACUCUUCAAAACUUCCAACCACAAAAGAGGAGUUGUUAUCUCUACUACGUGAGGAGGAGCGGCGAAGGUUGUCACCUGAAUUGCAAAAAAAGUAUAAAAAUGUUGGGAAUGAUCCUACAUGUGGCAAGGAUUGGAUGGAUGUGACUGACCAAAUGCAACAUGAUUUGGUACGAGAAUUUGGUUAUUCGGAUGAAGCUGUACAACUAAUGCGUCGGGCCCCGCAAAUUUAUCAAGACGAUCCUGCAUUUCGUACCACACAAUUAUAUGUUCGCAAUAACAUUGCUCAUACUUCAACGUUUACAACAAUUAAUGAAAACUUCACGAGUUCACCAACUUCAAUUUCUUUGCGCUCACUUUAUCGACCAGGACGACCUCUCGUUAUUCUCGGAGGAUCAUAUACUUGUCCUUUAUUCCGAUACAUAACCCAUGUACUUAAUGAUAUAUAUAGGCGAUAUCGAAAUCACAUUGAUUUUUACAUGAUCCAAAUUCGAGAAGCACAUGCCAGUGAUGUGUGGCCUAUUGGUGAGAUUUUAUCCGUCAAGGAGCAUCGCACAUUAUCCGACCGCAUGACCGCUGCGACUGUAAUGGUUAGAGAAACGCAGCUGGAAAUUCCUGUGAUGAUAGACACAAUGGAUGACACUUUCUUAAAAUUGUAUGCGCCGUGGCCAUUCCGUUUUUUUUGUGAUUGUAGAUGGUAUUUUAAAACUCGUUGGGAUGCCAAAAGAGGCGCGUUACGAUACAACAGACUUAGUCGUGUGCUUGAACUCACUUUUGUAUGGAGUAAAGCAGAAUUUGAUACUAUGAUUUUCCAUGAUGAUCACUUACUGGGUCGAUAUGUAUUUUCUCUUCUUGAUAAAUUUACUUCAUUAAAUUACUUAUUAGAGACAAAACGUGUACUCAUAAUUAUUCGUGGAUAUUAA